UUGUGCUUGUUGAUUCUAUUAAAUCAGCCGACAGAUUAUUAGUGAUCCUAACAGAUCAUUUGGGAGCUUUACUGAUCUGGUUUAGUGGAACUUAAUCAGAGUAAACAUGUCCUCUAGCUGUCGCAGACCGGAGCACAUGGCACCUCCAGAGGUGUUCUACAAUGAGAAAGAAGCAAAGAAAUACUCUCAAAACUCUCGCAUGAUCGAGAUCCAGACUCAGAUGUCAGAAAGAGCGCUGGAGCUGCUGAGCCUACCUGAAGAUCAGCCGUGCUAUUUGCUGGAUGUCGGCUGUGGCUCUGGGCUCAGUGGUGAUUAUUUAUCAGAAGAAGGACAUUACUGGGUCGGUGUGGACAUCAGCACUGCCAUGUUAGAUGUUGCUAUAGACAGAGAAGUUGAAGGAGAUCUUGUACUAGGAGACAUGGGACAAGGAAUGCCUUUCCGACCUGGCACUUUCGAUGGCUGUAUCAGUAUCUCAGCCUUGCAGUGGCUCUGUAAUGCAGAUAAAAAGACACACAGUCCACCAAAGAGACUCCACAGCUUCUUCAGCACACUGUACUCCUCACUGGUAAGAGGUGCCCGUGCGGUUUUCCAGGUUUAUCCUGAAAAUUCAGAACAGCUGGAGCUGAUCACAACUCAGGCCAUGAGAGCAGGGUUCACAGGAGGCAUGGUGGUCGACUACCCCAACAGCAGCAAAGCCAAAAAAUUCUUCCUCUGCCUGUUUGCCGGCGUGUCCGGUGUCCUGCCCAAGGGUUUGGGGUCUGAGACUGUGGACAAAGAUGUUUCAAAUCAGGCCCAGUUCACAGGACAGAGGUCUCGCUUCAAAAACAUGAAGGGCAAGUCAGCGAAGAAAAGCAAGGACUGGAUCAAGGAGAAAAAGGAGAGGAGACGACGCCAGGGCAAGGAGGUAAGGGCGGACACGAAAUACACCGGACGCCACAGAAGACCUCGAUUCUAAAAGCCCCCUGUGGUUUUGGGCUACAUCUGGAUCAGACCUGUGUGUUCAGAUGGACUUGAUUUUAGCCGUGUGGAUCUGCUCUGGUUCUCUGGCUCAUAUAAAAGACUUCAUACAGCUUUAUAAAUAAAUGUGGCAAAACUAGUCGGGAUAAAUGAAUCAUCUGACUGGUUUUAUUUACCCUGUAAACAAUUUCAGGAUGUUUUAUUGUAACGUUAAAAGCAUAAAAUCCUUGUCGUGAAAUUAAAAUCUCAUGCUGCUUUUC